AUGUCUGCUACAAACAAAGGCGUUUUAACAUUUUUGAAGAAAGAAUUAAUCAAGGAAAAACCCUACAGACCUAUAGAUGGCAUAGUAACUGACAGCAUACACAUUGGCAAUUAUGAAAAGAAGGAAUACAAUGCCCAAAAAAUUGCUCAGUUAAAAGAAACAAUUAAAAAGAAGAUCUACUGCAUUAGGAUAGAACCAGCAGAAGGAUCCCCUGAAGUUGUCUCAUGUUUCCACAGCAUGUUAGAAGCUUUAAAACUGUUACCUGAUGAUGACUUUAAAGAACUGGGAAGAGAAUAUUUUGUCCUUGCAAAACCAAAUUUGAUAAGAUACCAAGAAGAAACAGAGAUUAUGAUAGAUGCCUUUGCCAGUCUGUCUACAGAUCUAAGCCAGAUAUUGUUAGCCAAGUUUAUUGUCUACUCUAAAGAACCAAAACCAGUGUUUGUAAUAAGAUUGUUGUCACAUAUACCUACUUUGGGAAAACCACCUCAUCAGAGUCUUUUACUUGCCAUUGAAGAUCUGUGCUUCAAUAGAAAUAAGUUUCCACAAUCAUUGUACACUGGAAAGUUGUACCAGAGAGCAUUACUUACCCUUGGUAUUGUGGUAAAUCAACUAUCUAAAGCUGGAGAUCAGAAAACUGCAGCAGACAUCAUAGAAAAAGUCCAUCAGAAAUUGGGGCUUCAUGAUCCUUGGAGCUACAAAGUAAAAAGGGCCACACAGACCACCAAACAGCAGGAAGUCUAUGAUCACUGGCAUGUUGUUCUUCUAGAAACAUUGGGCAAUGCUGGAAUGGACUCUUCCUACGACUUUAUUGUAUCUCAUGUCAAUACAACAAACUCUCCAUGGAUAAAACGAGCUGGAAUCAAUGCUCUUAGAAAAUAUGAACAUGAGAUGGCAGCUGAAACCAUGCUGAAAACAGCCUUAUAUGAUGAAGAUGAAAAUGUUCGAUAUGAGGCCUUGUUACUGUAUCAAGCACAUUCAAAAUCCAAAACAAUUUCUCCUUUAAAUAGCAGACAUUCAGUAAAUGAGAGCAGCAUAGUUGAUCCUUAUGCAUCAGAUAUAAUUGAGGUUCAAGGUCACCAAAGACAUAAGAGAGGAUUCUGGGAUGGGUUAGAGUUCAAACUAUCUACACCUAGUGUAGACUGGCAGAAAAAAGUUGGAACCAAAGAACUUGGUGCAUCUUUUGGAAUAGUCCUUGAAAAUUACCUUGAUCUGAAAAUUGCUCCUUUGAGUGGCCAUUUCAAAGUGAGUGCCCACGAUGAAGCCUAUGCUAUUGUCCAUGUGGGAAUGAUUGGAAUCAACAUUCCAUUCUUUGUUGCCAGACUCUGUUAUAAAGGAGAUACAUCAUAUAACUUCAACAUAUUUCAGGAAGGAAAUGGAAAACAGUUCAUUGAAAUGAUUUUGAGAUUUGACAAAGUGAUCAAAGACAUUGUGAAUGGUAUUAAGUCAGGUGUAGACCUGUUUAAAGAAAUCAUCAGUGGAAAAGGGAUCAAAGGCAUUAUAGAAGACUUCAUAGCUGCUUUGGAAACAUUACCACAAAAGGUUGCUGAUCUUCGAUCAAGAGCCAAAAAAGCAGUUGAAGCUAUAGGCAAGUAUGAUGAAAGUCAGCUACCUGCAUUCUUGAAACCAGUAAAGAGUCUUGUCCACAGAGUAGAGAAAUUGUUUAAUGACAUCAAGACAGAUGUUAUGACAUUUUAUAAUAAAUUAGACGAGUUGAUCAAUGUUAAAUUACCAGUAAUGGGUGAUAGGCUAUAUCAAGGUGUAGUAGGGAUAAUUGAAGGAUUUAGGAUCAUUGGAAAGAACCCAAAGUCUUCCAUCUUUAAGAUCGGACUAGGAGUGUACCAGGUAUAUGCAACUUAUAAGGAAGCAAAAAAACUGAAAAAUCAGAUACAAGAGGCAUGUUUCUUCUUAAAAGAUGAGAAGCCAUACUGGUGGAAUAUCAGUGUUGAGUAUAAAGGGAUCAUUGAUGAGGCUGAAAAAGCAAUAGAAAUAGUUAAGAAGGGAAGUCCUGAAUGGAUUGAAGAUUUCAAGGAAGAUCCUGUGGCUACAUUUACCAAAGGAAAAAAUACAACGUCCCAAUUGAGAGAGACUAUAAAGAAUGAAAUCAUUACAACUUUAGAAGAACUGAUGAAUCCUUUCAGAACCAUUCUCAGACAUCUAGCUGGUCCAUUUUUUGAAGCCUACGAAACUGUUUUUGGGGUCAUCAAAUCAGUUAAAGAGGCUUAUGCUAUUCUGAAGAAAGGAUAUCAGCUUGGAAAGUCCUUGAUUGAUGGUAUUUUUGGGACCAAAGCACAUCCUGAUUUUCCCAGGACAAUUAGACUGGACACUGAUGGUUGUAGAGGAAAAGGAUUUUAUCCCUCUAAGUUAAUGAGUGGAGACCAAGAAUACUCAAACAGUGGUGUUGACUUAGAAAUAGUGGCAGGGGAAAUAGUUGUGGCUCCUUUCUCUGGGUAUAUCAUGUUAACAGAUAAUCCAAAUGAGGUUUUGAUAAAAGCUGACGAGUCUUUAAAGAAUACUGAAAUUUACAUCACAAAUGUAGAUCCAAAAGAUACCAUUCUUCAUCCAUCUGAUGAAAAUUACAUAGAGCAUAUGAUUUGGGGAGGUGUGACUAUUGGAACAGCUACAUCAUCACCAUGUAAGAACCACAUACAUCUUGCCAUUAAGAAAGAUGGAGGAUUUGUUGAACCAACAAGAUUUCUAGAAAGCAGACCUAUAUUUUUUCAGCCUUAUGUACAACACUGUAAUGAUUACAAGCUGGAAAAAUUGGGUUACACAGUAGAUGCAGGUAAAAUACCACCAGAUGGAGAAGGCCAGGAAGAAGUGGACGAAACUCCAGAUACACAGAAUACUGAUGUUACUCCUAUAGACCCUCCUCCUAAGUCAGAUGAUCCUGGAACAGAUAUACAGACUAUCAAAGAUGAGCCUGAAGGAAUGUUUUCAAAAGUAAAGACUAAAGUAACAACAGGGAUUGUGAAUGGAGCUAAAGAAAUGUUUGUAACUCUAAUGAAGAAAGCUGACAGUUUUUUCAAGAAGUUCUCCUUAACUAGAUUAAAACUUGGAUCCAUCAUCGAGUUUCUAGACCUCCUGGGAAUGACAGAGAGCAAACAAAAGUUGGCUGAAGUUCUCAAGACUAUAAAGAAACUAAUAGAUAACAGACCAUGCUUGAAUCCUGCUAAAGCUACAGAAGAAGAGUUGAAGCAAGAAUUAUUUGACAGAGGUCAUUCAACAACUGGUACUAGAGAACAGAUGAUUACCAGACUUACUAAACCAGAUAACAGAUGUCCCUGGAUGGCCAUAACUACACCAGACAAUGUUUAUUGUACUUACGACUCAAUGUGUUUAGGUGUAGAAUGUUGUCUUAAUGUCAAACUGUUCAUGUUCCUGUACACUGUUAAAGCCUACGCCAGAUAUGACCCAUGUGACUACACGUUGAGUGUUGGAUUACAAGGUUACAAUUAUACUAUCAAGUUUGAUAUGGGAUAUGAUGGAGUAUCAGAUGAGAUACCUACAGGAUUUGAUGUAGAUUUGCUUGAUCUUGUCUGCUUGAUAAAGUAUGACAUUCAGAAGACAGAUGUUGGACUAAUUGCUUCAGUUGGUGUUGGGUUCUGUGACAGUUCAGAUACUAGUAACUGUGUGGCUUUUAUUAGUCUCCUAGCAAAUGCUGUAUUGCCAUUACCAAUAUGUAAAGCUGAUGGUACUAUAACAUGGCCGCAAGACUGUAAAACUGUUGUUCCUGUAGAUGUAAUUUUUGUCAUUGAUGAAUCUGGCAGUGUUGGAGAAGAUAAUUUUAGAGAUUCGAUGAAUGCCUUGGUCAAUUCUGUGGAAAAACUGGCAAUUGCUGAAAACUAUGUCAGAGUUGGUGUCAGUUUAUUUGCUGGAGCAGGAACUUCUCGGCCAUUGUUACAACUGAACUCUGAGUAUGAUAAAGAGGCUGUCAAACAAGUUCUAAGUGAUGCAGUCUAUCAGAAAGGUUCACACACAGAAAUAGGAGAUGCCUUCCAGUAUGUCUGUGAUGAAAUGUUUGUACAGGAGAAAGGUGAUCGAUCUGAUGCCCAAAACUAUCUAAUUCUAUUAACUGAUGGCAAAUCUAAUUCUGGUGCAGAUCCUGUCAAAGUUCAGGCUGCAGCAUGUAAAACUAAAGGAAUAAGAAUUGCUACUGUAGGGAUUGGAUCAAAUACAGAUGAAGAUUUACUGAAGGAAGUUGCCUAUUCUAUGCCUAAUUAUUAUCUAUCAACUGAUUAUGAUAAACUACCAGAAACUUUACCUAAUCUGGUUAUACAAACCAUGGAUUGUAGCACAGAGUGGGUUUUGAAUUUUGAAUACAAAGAUUAUUUUGACCUGGAUGCCAUUAAAUCUAGAAUUGAAAAGGCAGCCAAAAAAAAGUUACUGGAAGCUGUGGAUAAAUUACAAGAUGAAUUAUUAAAGGCACUUGGUCUACCAGAGGACUUCUUACAAAGCACUGGACCAUGUGUGAGACCAGACAAAAUGAAAUUAUCCCAACUCAAACAGAAGUUGGAAGAAAGAGGACUGAGUACGACUGGUACCCACGGAGAUCUGGUAUCCAGGUUACAAACUGAUGAUGGACGAUGUGAAACAUUUGGCACCACCUUGAAUUUACCAGAAAUUACCAAUCCGUGGUUGAAAGAUCAUCUGUACUACUCAAUAUCUAAUGACUGCCUACGUUUGGAUGUCUGUGUUGACAUAUCUUUUACCAUUGGUUUCUUUAAUUAUUCCAAAUCCUUCAAUGCUUUCCUUGAGCUAGAUUUCUGCAAGUUUGUGUUGAGUUAUGGGAUUGAAUCUCAGACAAAGUCAGUUAUUCUUCUCAGUUACAAAUGGGGUAAACUAGAGACACUCACAGUUACAAAGGAUUUUAAAGUUCUCCUCUCCAUUGAUAAAGAUACAGACAAGAAAGUAUUUAAGCUAGAUUUUGGUUUGAGAAUAUGUUUUGAGGGUGACUGUGUGAUUGACGAGAUGUAUUUAGAGGACCAUGAAAUACCUAUUCCUAUUUGUAAUGAAAACUUCACAUUCUCAGGUGAAACUAUCCUUGAAUUGGUACAGUCUAUAGGAGGAAAAAUGACAGAAGAUGCUUUUGAUUUGGUUCUGAAAUACCUUGGACUUGAUAAACAUUUUCAAACUGGACCAUGUAAUGUUCAAGAUGGACCAAAAGAUUGUCCUGUUACUAUUAACCCACAGAAGUACCUACCAGCUAGCAUUAGAACUAUGUUACAGUGUGAGAUGACAGAUAAUUGUUUUGGUUUGGAUUGCUGUAUAGACUUAUCAUUCCAAUUACCGCUGGGAGAUAGAACAGUCACAUACCAUAUACCAUUCUGGUUUAAGUUUGAACCAUGUGACUUUGAAGUUGAUGUCAGAUUUGGUGGAUAUACAUACAAGAAAGUUCUUCUAGAUUACAAUUGGGGUGAGAAGAAUGUUUUGGCUAUUGGAAAUGGUGACCCAGCACCUUACACUAUUGACAAGAUGGAAGACAGUCAGGGCUUUAUUAUAGAUGCCAAGAUCAUUAUUUGCUUUCCUAUUGAUGGUGAAUUGUUCUGUGCACCUGAUGGAGGAAUUCAUAUCUUAAAACAGCAAACAUUACCAGUUUGUUCUCAAGAGUUUUAUGACUGGAUAAAAGAUUGUACUACUGUUACACCAGCUGAUGUCAUAUUUGUUUUGGAUGAGUCUGGAAGUGUUGGUCAAGACCAAUUCACUUUGUCCUUAGAAGCUAUAUCAGAGACCACAGACAAACUGGCCAUAGGAGAAAAUCUAAUCCGUGUUGGAAUGUCUAUGUUUGGAGGGACUGGUACCUCUAGGACAGGGUUUGAUUUGGAUACCAGCUAUGACAAACCUGGAAUAAGUCAGAAUGUUCUUCAUACAGCCUAUAAUAAACAAGGAUAUACAGAUAUUGGUGAUGCAUUGAGGUAUGCAUGUGAAGACAUGUUUGUCCCCAGCAAGGGAGACAGAGGAGAUGUAAAGAAUUAUGUAGUGUUGAUGACCGAUGGUCAGUCUAAUAGAGGGAGCACACAGACAGGCGUGAAUACCUGUAGAAAUAAUGAUGUAACAAUCAUAGCCGUGGGGAUAGGGGAUGGUAUUAGCAGGACAGAGUUGCUAUCUGUGGUACAGGAUCCUAAUCAUUUCAUCAAUACAACUUAUGCUGAGCUACAGGAAACUCUGCCAGACAUUGUUACAAAAUCUAUAGACUGUAGUGCAGAUAUAUCAUCUUUCAUUUCCAAUUGGUUAAAACAAGCUGGUAUGGAAGUUUUGGAUGGAGUGAAAGAAGGUGGGAAACAAUUGAUAUUAAAAAGACUUGGCCUGUAUGAAUUUUUCAGUGGACCUACUUGUGACAAAGAGAGAAAACCUUUCACUCCAAAUGUUGGAGGAUGGAAUAAUGAGUGUCCAUUAGGAACAUUUGGAAUGCCAGAACUACCAGACAACAUGGCUUGCCAUUUUAAGGACACAUGCACUGGGAUGGAAUGCUGUAUAGAAAUUCCUGGUCUUGGUCUAACCUUACAUCCUUUCCUCAUCAUUGACCCAUGUGAAUAUACCUUAAACUAUGGCGUCAACACAAUUAAUGAAACGAUCCAGCUUAUUAAUUAUGAAUGGGGAAAAACAGAAAAGAUCAAUCUUGCUGGUGGUGUAAUACAAUUACAACUAGUCAUUAAGAAGCCUGCUGGAUUGAAAAAGUUUAUAGUGUAUUUGUCAGCCAAAGCUUGCUUUGAAGAAAGAUGUGUUCCAGAUGUUAAGAUAUUUGAUGGAACAGAGAUUCCCCAACCAAUCUGUGAUUUGUAUGCUGAUUAUAGUUUUAAAGAGUUUUCACUGUCUGAAUGGGCUGACCGAGUGGGAACAGAUAUUAAGGGCCAGUUGAAGACUGAAUUCCGUACACUAUUACUGGAACAGUUAGGGCUUGAUGUUAUGUUGAAGAACCCAUCUUGUAACAGAAGUGAUGAUAUGUAUAGCCCAGCUGUAAAUGGUUGGAAUAAUGAAUGUUCAGGGCUGACUCCCCCAGCUUUGUCAGGCCCAGUCACCUGUUAUAUACCUGAUUAUUGUACUGGAAUUGAUUGCUGUCUAGACUUUGAUUACCUGGAUUUACACCUGAAUUUUUACCUGUAUGUUGACACCUGUAAUUAUGUUAUCAGAGGUGGAAUAGAAAAAUUUACCUUUGAAUAUCAGCUACUGGAUUACCAAUGGGGUGAAGUAAAGGAAGAAAAAUUAGUAGAAAUAAUCAGAAUAAAGUAUAAAAUAGAAAGACUAGAAGAACAAAAGAAACUGAUAGUUGAUGCUGAGUUGAAGAUUUGUUUGGAGAAAGAAGACUGUAGUACAACAGUUAAACUAUUUGAUCAACAGCUCAUUUCUCAACCUCUCUGUGACAUGGAGAUGACGGGGCAAUUGCUAGAUAUAUCAUUUACUGACUGGGUAAAGAAGACAGGAGAGAACAUUGGCAAUACUUUAACCAGUGCUGUAGCUAAUAAAUUACUGGAUGAAUUAGGUCUUACUAAGUUCAUGAACGCUGUUCCCUGUGAUAGAUAUGCUGGAAUAUUUGCUGACUCUGAAAAUGGCUGGAAUAGUAAAGAUUGUCCAUUGUCAGUUAACCUGCCUCCUAUAGAAACUUCAAUGACUUGUUACAUUCCAAGUUAUUGUACAGGAAUCAACUGUUGUAUAGAGGUGGAUCAGAUUGGUAAAACUUUUAAUGUCUAUGCUCUGUUAGAUGGCUGCAACUGGAGGCUCACUUUGGGUAUUGAAAGAAGAAAAAUUUAUAUUUCUCUGCUAGAUUAUAACUGGGGUGAAACUCAAGUUUUUACACUGAUGAAUAUAAUUUACCUGGAGUACUCAAUACAUGACUUAAAAGGGGAGAAUAGUUAUAUGCUAAAUGGGAAAAUAAAAGUUUGCCUACAAAAAGGAGGUGGAUCAUGUUUAUUUACAAAGACCUUGUUUGAAAAUACUAAAAUACAAAAGCUUGGAUGUGACUGGUCUCACAGUGAAUUUAAAAUACCAGAUUUUUCUCUCCAGAAGUUUUCAUUAGACAACAAUAUAGUUAAUAAUGCAGCAGGAUUGGUACUAGACAAGUUAUUGGAGGAAUUAGGAAUAGCAUCAGAACUAAGGGAUAUACAAUGUAGUAGAUCAGAGUCCCCCUAUAGUCCUAGGGAUUCUAAUGGAUGGAACAUAGGAUGUGAGAAAACCUUACCAUUUAGUUUACCUGCAGUACCUAAUACAAUGAGUUGUUACCUGACUGAUACCUGUACAGGUGAAAAAACUCAUGGCUAUUUUAUACUUUUAGGAUGUGAGAAAGCCUUACCAUUUAGUUUACCUGCAGUACCUAAUACAAUGAGUUGUUACCUGAUUGAUACCUGUACAGGUGUAAAAACUCAUGACUAUUUUAUACUUUUAGGAUGUGAGAAAACCUUACCAUUUAGUUUACCUGCAGUACCUAACACAAUGAGUUGUCACCUGUCUGAUACCUGCACAGGUAUAGAUUGUUGUAUAGAUGUGAAACAGAUUAGUAGAUCUAUAAAUGUUUACAUCAAACUUGAUGCCUGUAACUACAAACUAACAGCAGGAAUAGAGAAACUCACAUUUGAUGUACCUCUACUAAACUAUGAGUUUGGUCAGAAACAAAGCUUCAGGUUGAUGAAUAUCUUUAGGAUUGAUUAUACCAUUAUAGAUUUAACAAUGGAGAAACAGUUUGUUAUAGAUAUGGAUGUCAGUGUAUGUUUUGAAGCUAAUGCACCAUGUGUUUUUACAACAACAGUCAUGAAGAAUGCUAGGUUACCUAAACCUAUAUGUGACCUGAAAAGUAACUUGUCUUUUGAAGACAUAUCUUUGAAAGAAUUAUCUGAGAACCUUGUGUUGGAUGUUACACAACAGUUACCAUCAUAUGCUGCUGACAUAUUACUAGAGAGACUUGGUAUAUCACAAUGGAUGCAGAAUGUACCAUGCAGUAGACAAUCAUCACAAUAUACUCCUAAUGUCAAAGGAUGGAAAAUAUUGUGUCCUUCAAAUGUACCUCUCCAAGAUUUGACAGGAAGUUUAAGCUGUACAAUUCCCGAUUACUGUACUGGUAUAGACUGCUGUGUAGAAAUCCCACAGAUUGGUCGUACCUUCCAUGUCUACUUGUUAUUAGAUGCUUGUUCACACAGACUUAAAAUAGGAAUAGAAAACCUGGGAUUAGAUCAAGCUUACUUUAACUUAGAGUUUGAUAAAGUCCAGGAGAUCAGGCUUAGUAAGCUUAUAACUUUACAGUAUUCAGUGAGUGAUCUAGAAGGAAAGAAAAAGUAUAUUGUCAAUAUGAACAUAACAGUUUGUUUAGAACCUUCUGGAUCAUGUAUCUUUACAUGGGACAUUCUGAAGGAUGUUUAUUUACCAAAACUUGGAUGUGAUUGGAAUAUGAAUAUGACUGAUUUUUCUCCCUCCAAGUUGCUUUUAGACAGUGGGUUUACAGUUACAGACAAUCUACCUGAUGUAAUCCUUUCCCAGAUUCUAGAGAAAAUGGGUGUGAUUGACUAUCUACUUACACCACAGUGUGAUCUGGGGGAUUACACACCAAGUGUGAAUGGAUGGACCAACAAUUGUCCAGCAGAAGUAAUCAACAUGACAUUACCUAAUCUCCCCUCAUCUUUGACCUGCAGAAUAGAUGAUACCUGUACAAAAGUGGAUUGUUGUAUCAGAGUGGAAUUCUUGAAGAGAAACAUAGAUUUAAAGAUGGAUGUUGAAAUCUGCUCAAGACAAAUAUCAUUUGCCAUUGAAAAAUUGAAACAAGAUUUAACCAUAUUUAACUAUCAUCUAGAUAUUGGAGGAAAACUCAGACUUCUAGAUUUUGUUUCCAUAGAGUAUGCGAUAGACAACACAGAAGAUAUGAAUGAAUUCAGAGUAAACCUCAAUGUUACUGUACAACUAGACGAUGAUACGGUCCUUUAUCAAUCUGUAUUGAUGAAAGAUGCUGCUCUAAUAAGAAUACCAUGUGAUUGGAAUACUGGAUUCAACAUUAAAGAUUUUUCCUUGAAGUCUUACAUAAACCAGUUAUCUCUGCCCAGCAAAGAUCAGCUGACUGAGUUAAUGGCUGCUAAACUGAUUGAAGAGUUAGGAAUAGGUGGCUUUCUUCAAGAUACUCCAUGUCAGAGGUCAAGCCUUGUAUAUAGUCCAUCUAUCAAUGGUUGGAAAAACGAAUGUCCACUAGCUGUUCCUUUCCCAGACCUAACCAUUCCAGCCUCCUGUUUCAUGCCAGCUCACUGUACAGCUGUGGAUUGCUGUAUAGACGUGGAUUUCUUACAUCGUUCAUUUCACGCCUACAUUGAUCUAAACACAUGUGACAACACAUUCAAACUGGGAAUAGAAAAACUCAAGCUGGAUCCCAUAAGUUUGAUGGAUUAUCAAUUUGGGACCACUGAGUAUUUCAAUUUGAAAGGAAUUGUAAGAAUUGGGUAUAGAAUAGAAGAUUUGAAUAUACAGAGAAAGUUCCGCGUUGACUUGAACCUGAGUAUUUGUUUUGAGUCCAAUGAACCUUGCCUGUAUGAGAUUGUCCUGUUUAAAGAUGCUCUGGUACCUAAAGUACUUUGUGAUUGGGAAGCUGAUUUCUCUAUUCCAGACUUUUCUCUGGAGAAGUACACUGCAGAUGCUGGGGAGGUACUUAACAGCUUGACAGAACAUUUUAUACAGAAACUGAUGGAAGAUCUCGGAAUAUCUAGUUAUCUGAAUGAUGAUCCUUGUAACAUGACAUCAGUUGACUACACACCAAAUUAUCAAGGUUGGAAGUCAGAGUGUGACCAAGCCUUGUCAUUACCAGCUCUACCAAAUACAGCUGUGUGUGUACUGGAGGAUACAUGUACUGCUGUGAAAUGUUGUAUGGAGGUUGGAUUUUUGAAGAAAUCAUUUUCAGCCUUUGUAGAGAUAGACACUUGUAAUCACUACCUUAAGUUUGGUAUUGAGAAGUUAACUGAAGACAUUGAUCUUUUUGACUAUCAGUGGGGAACCCUGGAAAAGAAAUACUUGAUGAAGGUUAUAAGAGUAGAAUACAAGAUAGAAGACAUAUCAGUUGAUCAAGAAUAUGAGAUAGAUAUGAACAUGAGUGUUUGUUUUGAAUCACAGAAAAGUUGUUACUUUACCAUGACUGUAUUCAGUGGUUACAGAUUACCUAAAGUUUUCUGUGAAUGGGGAACAGGAUUUAAUAUUCCAGACUUUUCCCUUACCAAGAUUUUAGAAGAACAGAAAGAAACAUUAUCAGACCAGUUACCAACAGCAGUUAGACAGAUUUUGCUAGAGAGACUUGGACUUAAUGAUUUUCUCCUUGAUUCUCCAUGUAAUGUAGCAAGUAAUCCAUUUGUAAAUGAAUGUACCAGUAGUUAUUUGACCUUGACCUUACCUUCAUCAGUAUCCUGUGUAAUACCACCAAGCUGUUCUGCUUUAUCUUGCUGUAUGGAUGUCCAGUUAAUCAGUCGAGCCAUCAUGUAUGAGAUCAAUAUAGAUCCUUGUACAUAUACUCUGUCCUUAACUAUAGAGAAACUACAUGUAAAGAUAUCUCUGCUGAAGUAUACUAUGGGAGAAAUUCACAAAUUCUCACUUCAAGGAGGUAUCAUUCUCAAGUAUAAAGUGUUUGAUUUGAAGAGUGAGAAAAUGUUCAUGGUAGACUUGAGUUUCCAUAUUUGUAUGGAGGAGAAGGACCCAGACAACUGUGUAGUGAAUUUACCAAUCUUAACCAAUGCUAAAUUAGCUAAACCUUUAUGUAACUGGAGUAUGGGAUUCUUACAGUCAGACUUUUCCUUGGCUACUUGGCUGGCUGAAAACAGUAUAACAGACACAGGUACAUUACAGGAAGUUUUUGUUUCACAGCUUCUCUAUAAACUUGGCAUUGAUGAUUAUAUGAAAGAUCCAAAGUGUGACAGAAAUCAGCCUCCAUAUCAACCUUCAAAUAAUAUGGGAUGGAAUCUAGACAAAUGUAAUAGUUCUGUAGAUAUACCUAUAAAUUUACCUACUGGAAUCUCCUGUUACCUGUCUGAUACCUGCACAGGUAUAGAUUGUUGUAUACAGGUAGAUAAACUAGGAUUAUCUGUCAAUACCUAUGUAGUACUGGAUGCCUGUCACAACACCUUUACUGUUGGUGUAGAGAACUAUAAACAUACUACAACCAUGCUGGAUAUUGACUAUGGUGAAAUACAAACUUUCUCUUUGAUGGGAUUUGUUAGAGUGAGUUACAAGAUUGAUGAGUUCUACAAUGAGAGGAUGUUUAUUAUCAGUCUGAACAUCAGUAUUUGUUAUGAAGCUAAUAGACCUUGUGCUUUGGAGAUGGUGAUACUGGAAAAUAAUAAACUUCCAAUACCUUUCUGUGAUUUCAGUCACGGAUUCCCAGGAUUUUCCUUGGCUGCCUGGCUAGAUAAUAACAAAAUAGAUUUGGGACAACAGCUACAGUCCUAUUAUGUUGAUAUGUUGAUGGAAGAAUUAGGUAUAGCUGGUUAUUUACUGAAUCCUCAAUGUUGGGUGUCUGCCUAUCAAGCUGAUACUAACGGAUUCAAUACUGGGUCCUGUGAAGCAGACUUAUCACUUCCAACACUACCAUCCAACAUGGCAUGUCGGUUACCAGAUUACUGUACAGGGAUCCAGUGUUGUUUAUAUAUACCACUACUGGAUAUGUCUGUAGAAUUCCAUGUCCUGAUUGAUAUCUGUAACCUCAAACUUAGUAUUGGACUAGAGAACCUUGUCAUCAAUGAAUCUUUGUCUGAGUACAACUUCAAUGCACAGAACAAUAUAUCCCUUGGUAGCAUCAUCAAACUAAGUUAUUCCAUAGAAGAUUUGGAAGCUGAAGAGAAGCUAUCUUUCAGUUUAACAAUAAAGUUUUGUUUUGAGAGUGAUGGAGACUGUAUAUAUAACUAUGUAAUAUUUGAGGAUUAUAAGAUAUCUAAACAGCCAUGUGAUUGGACAGGAGGAUUUGUAGUGCCAAAUUUUAGAUUGACUUCCUGGCUGACAGAUCAUAAUUUAUCACCAAGUUUAUCACAACUCUCCAACUUGAUGGCGUCAAAACUUCUAGAAGAUCUGGGUAUAGCUGAAUACCUACAAGAACCAAGCUGUAAUCCUGCAACAGAUAUAGCAUUCAGCAAUGUACAGAGUAAUGGCUGGAAUUCAGAUUGCCCAAGUGCUGUGUUACCUGACUUGCCUAAUGAUUUAGUAUGCCACCUGGAUUCUACCUGUACAUCUGUUACCUGUUGUGCACCUGUCAGCCUGAUCAACAAAAACAUACACUUUUUCCUCACUGUAGAUCCAUGUAACCAAACAUUUAGCCUUGGUAUAGAGAAAUAUCAGUUUGAAUUUUCCCUAUAUGAAACAGAUUUUAAUAUUCAGAAACAAUUUCAUAUUGGACGGGUUUUAGAAAUAGACUAUAAAAUCAGUGAUAUGAGUGGAGAGAACGUUUACUAUUUAGAUCUGGGCAUAAAAGUCUGUUUAAAUGAUGGAGGACCUUGUCUUGUACAGGCUGAUAUAUUCUCAAAUACAAAGCUGCCAAAAAUACAGUGCAGUUGGCAAAGAGGUUUCAUUAAUCAAGACUGGUCCUUGUCAAACUGGUACAAACAGACUGAUUUCAAGCCUAAUUUUACCUUAACAACAGAUGGAGUAGCUCAACUGAUGUUAGACCUUGGACUGUCAAAGUUCCUGUAUGACAAUAAAUGUGAUUAUACAGACCCAGAAUCUGUUUUUGUUAAUGCUUAUCAAGGAUGGACAUCUGAUUGUCCUGACAGUAAAAUACAGUUACCUGACUUACCUGAUUACCUUACAUGUUACCUGGAUUCUACCUGUAUGGGUAUACAGUGCUGUUGGGAUGUAGACUUUAUCAGUAGAUCAUUCCACAGUUACCUGAUAGUAGAUACCUGUAAUUACAUACUAAAGUUUGGAGUGGAGAAGUUAGAGUUUGAAGUGACUUUAGAUGAUUAUGAAUGGGGUGAAUGGAAACAGUUUGAUCUAUAUGGAGUGGUCAGUGUCAGAUAUAUGAUAGAUGAUUUACCAGCACAACACAUGUACUUAUUCUCCAUGACACUAAGUCUGUGUUGGGAGUCAGAUGGACAAGACUGUGAUCACCAUGUUAUAUUUAAUAAUGCACUGCUACCCAAACCUAACUGUAACUGGAAUAAACCUUAUAAUAUCCCAGGUUGUAAGACCAUUUUACCAGCUGACAUUGUGUUUGUGGUUGAUGAAUCUGGAAGUGUUGGAGAAGAUAAUUUUAGAUAUACCAUGGCUGCCAUUGCAGAUACCAUUGAUACAUUGGUCGUGCGUGAAGACUUGAUUCGUGUCAGCAUGUCCUUAUUUGAAGGAACUAGAACAUCAAGGACAUUAUUUGAUCUGAAUAGUAGUUAUAAUAAAUCAGAAAUAAAAUCAUGGCUUUCUUCAGCAGACUAUCGUAAGGGAGCUACCACAGAUAUUGCAGAUGCAUUCCAAUUUGCCUGUGAAGAAAUGUUUCAAAUAGUAAAAGGGGAAAGAAGGAAUGCUGAAAAUUAUCUUGUACUUCUUACUGAUGGUAAAUCAGACAGAAACAAAGCAAUAGAUAAAGCAGCUUUUUGUAGCAGUAAGAAUGUCAGAAUUAUAACAGUAGGGAUAGGAUCUGGCAUUGAUGUAGAUCUUCUCAAUACAACAGCUUAUCAACCAGAUCAUUUCAUCAAUACAGAAUACAGUGAACUCAAUACAACAUUACCUGAACUGGUUACUAAGUCUGUGGACUGUAGUAAGGAUUUCUCCUUGUCUGAGUUUCUGUCUGAUAGUGGAUUAUCUACCUUUGAUAGUUUUGCUGUGUCAAAUUUAAUGGAUUAUCUAGGUAUAUCUGAAUACCUACUGACAGAACAGUGUAACAUGACACAGCUACCAUAUAACUCUUCUGUGAAUGGAUGGAUUGAUGAUUGUUCUGUUCCAGACAAGACUGACCUCUCACCCUAUGGUGUAUGUUACAUACCACACUCUUGUACCAGUAUAGACUGCUGUGUAAAUCUGCCUGGAUUACACAGGAAUAUUCAUGCUUCUGUGGACAUAGACACUUGUAAUUAUAAAUUGACUGUCAAUAUUGAGAAAGUUCAUCUGGAAUAUUCACUGGUUGAUUAUGUAUGGGGACGCACAGAAACUAAUUCUUUGUUUGGACUCUUCAAUGUUGUAUUCACAGUAGAAAAUCUUGUUGAUGACAAGUUACUGUUAACCAUGGAUAUAUCUGUUUGUAUGGAGAGAGGUGGUCCAUGUGAAGUAAUUCUGAAUGUAUUUAAAGAUACUAGGUUACCUAAACCAGUCUGUAACUGGAAAACUGACUUUGUUAUAUCAGAUUUCUCACUAGAAAACUUUUUAACCAGUAAAGGAUUAAGUCCAACAUUUAGCGACAUACCAACAGAAGUAUUAUUACAGCUGUCAAACAAACUUGGUAUAGCUCUAUUCUACUUAGAAAACCAGUGUAACAGAGAAGAUACUCCUUAUAUACCUAACCAGGACGGAUGGAAUAAUGAUUGUUUAAAGAAAGUAAAUCUCAUUGCUUUACCUAAUGGUACCACAUGUCACUUAUCUAAUGACUGCACUGGAGUUACCUGUUGUACAGAUGUAGAUCUCCUCAGUAGAUCUUUCAGUACCAGUCUAAAACUGGAUCCCUGUCAAUAUACAUUACAAGUACAGAUUGAGAAACUUGUUGUCAACAUUAGUUUAGUUGAUUAUCAGUUUGGUAAACAAGAUGGUGUAUAUUUAUUUGGAGUUAUACGACUUGACUAUGACAUAGAAGAUGUGAGAUACAAGAGACAGUAUGUUGUCAACCUACAACUGAGUGUUUGUUUUGAAGCAACAGGACCAUGUACAAUAAGAAUCCCUGUACUAACUAAUGUUAUUCUACCUAAGUCUGUCUGUGACUGGAAAAGUAACUUUAUAGAUCCAGAAUUUUCAUUCACUAAGUUCAUGAAAGAAGAGUUAGGUUUGAGUGUUAAAGAUAGUUUAACAGGUUACCAGAGGAAACAAUUAAUGGAGAGUUUAGGAAUAUCUGACUUCAUGAUGAAUGUCCCCUGCAGCCGAACACCAUAUCCAAGUAAUGGAUGGACUAAUGAUUGUGAUACUUUGACCUCCGAUCUUCCACUGUUACCAGGAACAACCGUCUGUGAUAUACACGAGACCUGUACUUCAGUAUCCUGUUGUUUUAGUGUCGACAAGAUAGGACAAUCAUUCCAGGCCUCUGUUGAUAUUGAUCCAUGUAAAUCACUUCUGACAGUAUCAAUAGAAACAUUCACCCUACAGAAAAAUCUGUUAGAUUUACAGUGGGGAACACCAGUAGAAUUGUGGCUGUUUGGUCUGCUUAGACUGCAGCUAACAGUGAAUGACUUGACAUCAGAAGGAACUUAUCUGGUAGACUUGACAUUGAAAGCCUGUCUUGAUGCAGAUGUGUCUAUACCUUGUUACCAGUCCAUUGUAGUGUUUAAGGAUUACAAACUUCCCAAAUCUGUGUGUGAUUGGAAUUACAAUUUCCCUGUAAAAGACUUUAGUAUGGAGUCCUGGAUAAGUGACAAUGGUUUGCUUCAGAAUGUUGAUCCUUUACCACAAUGGGCAGUUCUACAGCUGAUGCAGAUGUGGGGAAUGUCCAGAUUUGUUGACGACAAUACCUGCUCUGGUGUUCUGCUGGAUACAAGUUCAGAUUGUAGUUUGUCAGUACCAGAUCUACCUGACUGGUUGUCCUGUUCAGUACCAUCAGUGUGUAAUGGUAUAGAAUGCUGUGUUGAUCUGCCAAGACUUAACAAAUCUGUAACAGUUGCUCUCAAAAUAGAAAACUGUAGAAAUACAUUACAACUAAAAUUUGGAGAGCAAACAACAAAGAUCAAAUUAAAUCAGUUUGUAUAUGAUAAGGAUCACACAUUCUCUUUGUUUGGUAUUGUAAAUAUCAUGUAUAAAAUAGUGGACUUGGAAGACCAGUAUAAAGUAGACCUGAAUAUGUCAGUAUGCUAUGCAGAUAUACAUCCAUGUGAUUAUGAAAUAAUAUUUUGGACAGAUACUUUGAUUAAUAAAACCAUGUGUGAAUUGGAUGCUGGAUUCCUUGAUUCAGAGUUUUCAAUAGACACUUGGUUGGGAAACAGAGGACUGACACUGAAUUACACUAUAUCUGAUGUGGUGGCCAAUGAUUUGUUAACAGUGCUAGGAUUACCAGACUAUAUGGACUUCUCUGACAAAUGUAACCUGACAACUCCUCCUUACCUGGGUGCAGACGAUGGACAAGUGAAUGAGACUUCCAAUAAUGUGACACAGCCAUCCUUACCAGAAGAGAUAACAUGUUAUAUAUCACCAUCUCAGUCUGAAGUAUCUUGUUGUGUGGAGGUUGCUAUUCUAAAGCGAUCUCUACAGACCAUUCUUACUCUGGAUACCUGUACUUAUAAACUGACUGUGAGAAUAGAAAAUCUACACCAUGAAAUCAACCUGUUCAACUAUCAGUGGGGUAAAACUGAAAAUGUGCAGCUUCAUGGUGUUGUCCAACUCAGGUUUAUUGUAUACAACAUUCCUUCAGAGAGAAAGUUCUUGGUAGAUGCCAGUAUCAGACUCUGUUUUGAAGCCAAGGAGAACACAUGUCUGAAAGAAUACACUGUUCUAAACAAUGCUGAAAUCAUGUAUGCCAACUGUUCGGUGACAGUUCCAUUUGGAGGACUGGCAUUUGAGUUUUGGAAACCAUCUCAGUGCACAGAAUAUAUUGGAAACUUUCUGAAUGGUUGUACAGAUGUACCAGCUCCUGUGUCCUAUUUACCAGGAUGUAAAAUGUCCAGUGAUUGUCACAGUGUAGAAUGUUGUACAGAGAUUAACUUCAUGACUGGUACUAGAAAUGUAUAUACUACAUACGAACUUACUCAAUGUGAUGAGAUGAUGACCAGUAUUGAGAGACAAUCAUGGACCAAAACUGGACUAGAUUCACUGACAGGAUCAACAAUUUCUGAAAAGGUGAAUGAUGUAUUUGACAUGAGUAUGGCUGUAGUAGAAAGUUCCUCUACAUUGUAUAAAGUGACAUUGUCUGUAAAAAUAUGUCACUUGAGCGGAGCAACUUGUACAAACAUGACACUAGCAGAAGAGGUUACUUUGAAAAAACCAGACUGUUUACCAGAGAGAAAAAAGAGAAAGAAAAGAGAUGCUUUACAUGGCUACGGACUUGAUCCAUCAGAUCUCCAAGGAGGUUUUAGAAACUUGUACAAUGAUCUAGCAUCUUCAGAACAAGUUCAACAGUUCUUAAAAGAAGCCAAAGAUUAUGAAAACCAAGUGAGAUCAGGCAAUUUAGAGCCAAGUCAAUUAAUGGAUGAUGAUAUCACUACAGGAAUCAAGUCUACCAUGAGAGCUUUAGGACAAAAUAGUCCCACUACAAUGUCUUCUUUGUGGACUGUAGAUAUUGUCAGUGAUGCUGAUGGAGCUAAAGCUAUAACAGACAUGCUGUCAACAGCAACAGAUAUUGUAGGUCGUGCUGAUCAAGUAUUUAUAGUAGGAAAAGGCCUGUCUAAUUCUGGAGUAAAAAUGUUAGGAGAAAAACUGGCAAAUAUGACCAUUGGAGAAAUUAAAGCCAUGUUAGAUCUUAGAAAUCUUGACCCAGUUCUUAUUAUAGAAUUGUUUGGUCAACUUAAAGAUUUAGCCAAAGCUCUGCUAUCAGAGUUCAUUGAUAAAUUGCUAGGAGAUCCAACAAAUAUAUUUAAACGUACUGACAUUAUAGUAAAGGGAGAUGUUAGUUUUCCUAGAACAAACAUUGUAAUCGUUCCACCAAUUUAUCAUGAUAUACCAGUUGGUCCACUUAUUCUUAGACUUGAAUUUGGAGCUUUUGGUUAUUACGGCAUGGCAUUUGAAGUUGGUGUAAAAGUUUUGGGUAUGACUGGGUUUGCUACUGUAGUCCCUUUUGCUGGAGCAAAAGCUUAUGGUUCUGUUGGAAUUUGUUUCUGGGUAUUGUGUGGUAAAUUACAGUUAGAUGGUUACAUAAUGGAUACCAGAUUUCCUUCAACUGCAGAAAUAUCUUUCAGUAAAUUUCCACUGGAUGUUGGUUUGUCUAUGUACCUGGAACUGAGACCUUUAGAACUGAAGUUGACAGCUAAAGUUACUUUAGAAGUCAGACUACCAUGGGGAAUUAGGUUUACUAAGACCUUGUUUAGUGGUACAUUAUGGCGGUACAAAUCUCCAAGCAUUAAUGCUAAGAUAAUUGAUAAUAGAAAGAAGGAGGAAGAUACUUCCCCACCACAAAUAUCACCUGUUACAGAUUCUGGGGUCAAUGGAAAGAAAAAGAGAUCAACAUCUUCCUGUUAUGUUAAACAAACACCAAACUUAGAUUACACAGAACCAGAGUUUGAAAUCUCUAUCCGAGCUGAAGAUGAUAGGAGUCUGGUGAAGCUGUACCUAAAUGUGGGAACUGUACCAGGAGGGUCUGAUGUGUUACAGGAAUAUGAACUCGGAGGACCAUCUACAGUUAUUAAGGAGCCAUUGAUCAGUAGAGGUACAGGAGUUCCAAUCUAUUUCACCUUGAUAGCAGAAAACAACUCUGGUCAAAGGUCAGAAGCAUUUUGUAGUCUACCAACUUAUGAUGUGACUGUACCCGGUGGAAGAUUUCAAGAGGAGUUUAUGUCUACAAGUAACCCUGAGGUACUGAGGGCCUAUGUGACAGUGUAUGAGGACUCUGAACUUGAGACAGUACAAGUUGGAGCAGGAUAUGGGAAAGGAAUCUUUGGGGACCAGAUGGUGCCCUGGGAUAAUGUUGACCUUGAUCAUAAUCAGAUAAAUAACAAUUUAGGUUCAGAUCCUUUUAAUAAAAAGGUUUUAGACCAAUUAUUUACUGGAGCAACAGCUGGAAGAUUGAUUGGACCAAAAUCAGCUCUUGACACAAAACGAAAUAGUCCAGGAGAUUGUGCCAGGGCCUGUGUAGAUUUACCUCACACUAAGUGUAUGAGUUUUAAUUAUGACUUUGGAAAUGCAGUAUGUGAACUUAUGGAAGCCAUUGAGGGACAUCACUAUUCAAGGUCCAAGUCUGGAUUGUUUGAACAUUAUGAGAGACUUGGUAUUGGCAAGUCCAAGCAGUUUGUUUAUGAAAACCUACAACUCCAACAUAAUAAAACAUACUACUUCAACCUGAGACUGGUCAAUGUUCUAGGAUAUGAUAGUAUAAUUACCACACAAGGAGUCAUUUUAGAUACAACUACCCCAGAAACAGGCUUUAUUUUGAACAAGACAGCUGAUUACCUUGAAAUACUUCCCUGUUUGGAUUUAAUACCUGAAGACAGAUCUGACUGGAAGUUACUCUGUAAAGGUGUACAUCCUAAAAUUCAGAAUCAUAGACUGAUAGUUGAUGGACCUGGUUCCCAGACAGUAUUCAAUGGUCCAACACCAAUGUUUGAUCUGAUGUUCACCAGGGCAAAUACCUUUAUAUCUGCCAACUGGGAUGGAUUUAUUGACAGAGAAUCUGGAAUUCUGGGAUACACUGUACUUAUCGGCCUGACUGAAUGCACAGAUGAUGUACAUGCUGACCAUGAUCCUCAUAAACAUUUAUUUGAUAAAUCACAGUGGACACACAGUGCUAUGAUAAGUCCUAUACCAGCUCCUUACACCAAAUUACCAGAUGGAAAGUACUUCAUUACUGUCAGGGCAUUAAAUGAUGUAAAGUAUGGAGGGCCAUUGGUAACAACUGUUUGUCAUUCUACACCACUGACAGUAGAUAACUCCAGACCAGAGGUUUAUGAUGUAUAUGGAAUAGAAUAUGAUGAAGAUCUGCCCUUACUGAAAGCUUCUCAUGUAUCUGGUGACCCUCAUUCAGGUUUGGUAUACAACGAUUUAUGUUUGGGUCAUUCAGCCAGAGACUGUAAUGAAAUGGACUGGAAAAGAAUGGGCUAUAGUCCAGAUAUACAGUAUGCAGUAAAGCUUACAGAUGGUGUUCGUAUCUGGGUCAAAAUCAAGGUCAUCAAUGGAGUGGAUCUGAGAAAAAUAGGAGUAGCAAACCAAGCUAUAAUUGUUGACAACACACCACCAAUAGCAGGACAAGUGUUGGAUGGUUCAGUACAGGGGACUGAUCUGCAAUUCACCAAAGAGUAUCAACAGCUUUGCUCUAAUUGGAGACAUUUCUAUGACCAAGAAUCAGGGAUAUCAAUGUAUAUGGUGGGAGUUAGUUCUGAGAGAAAUAUCAAUAACACAGAUAUAGCUAAUACAACAGAAAUAGAUAGACAAACCCAUACGACCUGUGUCUCUGUCAACAAAGACUUAGAACAUGGCAAGACAUAUUACACCAUUGUCUGGGCUUAUAAUGGUGGAAUAGCUCAACAGAAAGUGGCUGCUAUAUCUGAUGGAGUAACUGUUGAUUUAACCGAGCCAGAAUCCGGAGAAGUUAUUGAUGGGGUUCAGGCAGGGUUUAUAGAUCUUCAGUUUUCACCAAGUACGGCUAAAGUUGGGGCCCAGUGGAAAGAUUACCAUGAUCCAGAAUCUGGUAUACAACAGUAUGGUGUACAGGUGGAGGUUUCAAAUAACAACACCAAAGACUUUGAAGUAGUUAGAGAAUGGGUUACUUUCCCAAAGGAAACUGUCAGUAUAGAAUGGGUGAACUUUCACCUUCAUCACAAGGACCAUGUCAAGGUCAAGUUAAAAACCACAAAUGCUGCCUUGAACUCAAUUAUCAAUGAGACAAGUGGAUUCGUUGUUGACCUGACACCAGCUGAUCUUGUAAGCUUGGGAGAUGGACCUGUGCUGAAAGAAGAUAAAACAUUUCAGUCUGAUGUGACAAGUCUGUCCAGUAACUUUGAGUUUAUAGAUGAAGAAUCUGGUUUGGAUCAUUACAAAAUUCAGAUAUAUCAACAUCAUGAAGGUGUGAGAUCCCAAGUUAUACCAGCAAUUUAUGGUGAAUGGUUAAAUCUUGGGACUGAUGUCAGUAUAAACCAUUACACACAGACAGGUUUGUCUUUACACCAGGGUGGAGUCUACAGUAUGAGGGUGGGAGCUGUUAACAAGGCAGGAUUUGUAGCAGCAUUUGAGACUGAUGGUGUUGUCAUAGAUACUACUCCACCUGUUAUGCACUGGCUUCAUGUAGGAAGCUUAGCAGGCAGAAUAGAAACAGUUAUAGAUGGACAUGUGUGGCAAGCUGAUACCACUGGGAUCAAGGCAGCUUGGGGAGCAGAUGAUCAUCAGUCAGGCAUUACAAAGUUUAAAGUAGCAGUAGGAACAACUCAUGGUGGCACAGAUAUCCUGUCUUGGACAGUUUUUGGAAAAGAGAAUGAUAUCUACAUACCUGACAUUACACUACAGCUAACAGACUUGAUAACUUACACACCGGUGUAUUAUGUCAGUGUGAAGGCAGAGAAUGGAGCAGGACAGGAGAGCAAUCCUGUCACAUCUACACCUAUUGUUGUGGUAGAUGAAGACAAGCCAGGUUUGGUGAUAGAUGGAGCUGAGGGCACUGAUGGUAAUACCUUAGUUCUAAAUGAAGAUAUAGAUUAUCAGUUAGACUUUUCUACUACAACACUACAGUUCAAUGGUUUUGAGAGUCAUUUACAUGGAGUUGUGGAUUAUGAAUGGGCAGUAGGUACAACUCCUGGUGGAGAAGACGUUAUGUCCUACACUACACAUGGACUAGUUCAUUCAGAAGAGUCAGAGGUUGUUGGCAAUGGAAUAUCCAGUUCUGGUUUUGCCCAAGCCAAUGUACAACUUAAACCAGAGAUAAAAUAUUACUCCAGUGUUCGUGCUGUUACCAAUGAUGGCAAUGUUUUAGAGGCUGUUUCUGAUGGAUUCACUGUAGACACUUCACCGCCUGUGGUUACACUAGACAGACUCACAGAUAGAGAUGCCUCUGAAAUAGAAGGUGGGGCCAGUAUUUAUCAGAAAACAGUGGAUUCCUUGUCAGCCCUGUGGCAUUAUAGUGAUGAAGAGAGUGGCAUACAGAGAGCUUGGUUCAGUGUAGGGACCUAUCCUUUUGGAGGAGAUGUGGCUCCGGUUACAGAAGUUAAUAUUACACCAAAUCAACAAAGUUCACUUCCAUUGUCUACUGUAGUUGCAGAUAUUUCCGGAAAGCCCAACAUAAUAUCAGUGUAUGCAGAAAACAAGGCUGGAUCCAUCAGUAAAAUGACAUUUAAUUCAGUGAUUAUUGAUACAUCAGUACCAAAUCAGGGAGUUGUCACCUGUCCAGAAUAUGUAGGGGCUAAGGUUCCAGUAAAGUGUACCUGGACUGGUUUUCAGGAUAAUGAAAGCCCAAUAGAGAAGUUUCUUAUAUCACUUGGUUCUCAAGAAGGGUUUUCUGACAUAUUCAGCAACAGAAAAGUUGAUGGAAAUACAUUCAGUUAUACAAUAAAUGAUGCAGAUGAGUUGAUGACACAUGAGAAGUCUUACUAUGUUACUAUCACUGCUGUUAACACUGUGGGACUACAGUCGUACAGUUUUUCUGGACCUGUUGCCAUAGAUACCACACCUCCUAUCUCUGGUAAAGUGAUUGACCUUCAUACGACCUACAGAAUGGAUGUGACUGACAAUGCAGCUACAGUACAGAUGAAUGCUAAAGCUUGUACAACUGAUGAAGAAUGUGAUGCUCUAGAUGCUACAUGUUCAGAAUCUCUGACCUCAGUAUCUGUUACCUGGCAACCAUUUACUGAUGAACAAUCUGGAAUAGCUGGAUAUGAGAUAGCUGUGGGGACUACUCCAGGAGGUGGACAGAUUAAAUCUUUUUUCACUAUACAAGCAGAAACCAAUUAUUAUACAGUAACUGGACUGAAUUUAAAUGGUCUGAAAAAGGUCUAUGUAUCCAUUAAAGGUACCAAUGGAGCAGGAUUAUCCAGUGUUAGUUCAUCCAAUGGUUUAUACUUAUCCUAUCUAAGUCAGGGACUAUCUCCUUUAUCACAUAUUGGUAUUGCUGAUGUCACAGAAUUGUCAAAUGUGGAUAUUGAUUUCCAGGAAAGUUUUGACACCUACAGGGCAUCAUGGGAUGUGUCAGGUGACCCUUGUCCUGUCAUUAGAUUUGAUUGGCUGAUACAGAGGCUUGAUGGGAUGGUUGUCAUGGAUUGGCUGAAUGUGGGAGUUAAAACUUCUGGAAUGAAUGAUGAACUUGAGAUGUUGAAUGGAGAAUUAUACUAUUCUCUACUGAGAGUGACCAAUGCCUUGAACUAUACCUACAUGAUCAGAUCCAAUGGUGUCACAGUCAAACAAGAACCUCUCAUCCCAGGAAAAGUAUUUGAUGGAGACCUGAUAGGAUAUGAUCUAAAUUUCCUCAAUUCUAAGGCCAUGGUAACAGUUAAUUGGGAUGGAUUUGGUCUCCCAGUCAGUACACAAACUCAAGUUGAUGUUAUUUCAGGAAAUCCUGGCCUCCAAGUAAAUGAAAAUAACAUUGAAUACCAGGAUAAAAACCAAGCAGUAGAAUUUUAUGAGGUUGCCUUGGGAACAGACAGGAGAUUCUCAAAAACCAGAGAUAAUAUUGUUCCAUUUACAAAUGUUGGUAAAGACAAAAAGGUGACCUUUUAUGACCUUGACCUGGUUCCAGGUACAGGGAUGUAUUACUUUACCGUAAAAGCAUACAGUGCAUCCCACUCUGUUGCUAUAGUAACAUCAAACGGAUUUCAUGUUGGAUAUGAUGGUGGAGUUAAUGCUGGUACCAUUGUGAUGGGAGACUAUGUCAGUACAGAUACAUAUCUAGAUAUACAGUUUGAGGGUUUCUCCUCAAAAGUAGAGAUAUUGAUGUAUUAUGUGGCUGUGUCCAACUACACAGGUCUUACUGGCACUGACUGUAAACAUUAUAUUGAUGGAGGAAAGUCUACAGAGGAAGAAAAAUCCAGGAUAUUUAAUGUGUUUCCUGUGACUAAUAUAAACCAGAAUACCUUUUACAAAGUAGAAAAUUUAGAUCUAAAGGAAGGAAAAGCCUACACAGCUUGGGUAUUAGGAACUGACAAGUCUGGAGAGUGCAGCCUUUCCAGACAUACAUUCAUGGUUGACACAUCACCCCCUGAAGCAGGGGAAUUAACUUGUGGACCUGACUAUCACAUGAAUGUUACAUACACUCCAGACAGCACCACAUUAAUCGUUACAUGGGAAGGCUUUAGUGAUCCUGAAUCUGGCAUUGUCUCAUUCAAAAUAUCGCUAUGGAAUAAAUCCUCCUGUACAGAUCAAAGCUCUGAAGUUCUGAUGGUGGACUGGAUAACUUUGAGUUCCAACUAUUCUCAAUAUAUGUUUACAGAACUUCAACUUCAGGGAAACAUUCCAUACAUAAUAAAACUUAUUGCCACCAAUCAUGCUGGACAGUUUGUCAGUACAGAAUCUGCUCCUAUAUUAUAUGACUCCUCGAAACCAACAUCAGGACAUGUGGUUGAUGGUACAGAGUUUGUUAAUGACAGAGUUUGGUUUGGCUCUUCAACUACAGUUACAGGCACAUUUUUACACUUGGCAAAUCCUGAAGGUCCAUCGUGUCCUGUCCAGGCUGUAUCUAUGAUUAAGGACCCAGGCUGGAAAAAACUACAACAGAUAGGCUUCAAAGAUCCCAGUGGUCAACAAUGGUCACUUAUCCACAGACAAGAGAAUGUCCAGAACUUGGUUUAUGAUAAUGCUAUCAGUAUAAAGUUAGCAAGAGAUGUUAAUAAGAAACAAAUGUAUUCUGGGGCAUACAUCAGGUCAGCAGAAUUUGAAAAUGGUGGAACAUAUCAGAUAUCAGUCAAGGCAGCUGGUGGGGAAGGGAUUCCAGUUACUGGGAUUAUGUUAUGGGACGGUCCUGAAGAUGGGAUAGCUACUUAUGAUUACAUAACUGAAGAAGAUUGGACUCUCAAUAUUUGUGACUGUUGUCAUGAAGAUCCAGUUCCACAGGCAUGUUCCUUCUGUAACUGUUCAUUGUAUGAUGAUAUAACCACAACUCCUGUCACCACUUAUUCUACUACAAUAAAGCCUCACUAUGAGAUUGUAAAGAAUCCUGAUGAUUCUAUAGUUACUGUACCAAUAGAUACACAGGUACCUAUAACACAGACAGCAUGUGGUGUACAGAUAUUGACAGGUGAUGUACCACAGGUAGUAACUUGGUGUCAGGCCUACAACAAUACACAGAGAUUAAUGAAGGCAAAAAUAGAUUUAUCUUUUGAUCCAUCUGCAGCAUAUCAUCAGUACAAAGUUGUCAUCAGUCCACAGAAAGAUGAUGAAGUUAAUAUAAACUGGUGUAUAAAAGUGUAUGCAGAUGAUGAAGAAUUAACAGAAAUCUGUGGUAUAGAACCACCUAGUACUUCUGCCAAACUUGUACUUCACGUAUGGAAUCGUAACAACUACAUUCCAGAUAUAUCUGACCUGUUUAAUGUCUUCUCAGCUAAAGCUUACUUCAAAGAUCUAAUAAUCCCACCUAAAAUUGGCAAUAAAUGUCGCUAUGGUGAUCCGUUCAGAGGAGGCACUAAUCCAGUGAUAAAGUUUGAGGCUGGAAUUGGUACAGAAAAGUUACAGACAGAUGUUGUACCAUACAGAGAGAUAUUUAGGCCAUGUAUACCUUGUAAUACACAGUGUUCUUUACUUAACUGUCAGUCUGAUUGUGAUAUUAAUCAGCAAACUGUUGUGACCUUUACCCUCAAUGACCUUAAUCUUGAACCUUAUAUUCUGGCACAAAAUGGAACAGGACAUCAAUACAACAAAACAGCCAUGUAUUAUACUACAGUGAGAGUAUUGUUAGGAUCAGGUAUGACCUCUGAAGGGUCAUCAGAUGGAUUCUAUGUUGACCUGACCCCACCUGUGUUUCAACCUGAAGUCAUGACCCAGAUAUAUAUAGAUGUGACCCAGGGAGAGUUUACACCUGUGAAGUACCAAGCAUCCAGUGACACUAUCAAAGCUUACUGGUACUGUUAUGAUGAUGAAAGUCUAAUCAAGGAUAAUUUAUGGGCUAUUGGUACAACAGUUAGUGGAGAGGAGAUACAGCCCUAUACAUCACUUGGUGUCAGACAGAUUGGUAUAAACAGCUCACUCGAGGGAGUACUGCAAAGUAACCAAACCUAUUAUGUCUCUAUAAUUUGUCAGAAUGGUGCAGGACAAAUCACACAGUGGAAUGAUAAUACAGGUGUGGUAGCUUUAUUGGAACCACCAGAUGUUGAAGUCAUCAAUACAACAGUGGUAGGAGCUGAAGAUUUUGAUGGACCUGUCACCCCUUCUGAUUCUAAACGUGGUACAGACCCUGACUCUAUAGGCUUCUCAUUUUCCCUGAGUGAAGAUGAAGCAGUUACAAGAUAUGAUAUCUGUUUGGGAUCAUCCAAGAUAAGUGAUGAUAUUUUCCCUUGUACCUACAUCAGUGUCAACAUGUCUGGUACUGUUCUGAUAAAGAAUGGCUCUAUUUACAUGAAUGAGUACAAAUUGUAUGACUUACAUGAGCUGAGGAAAGAUCAAAGUAGUUCCACUUCUAAUACAUUCCACAUGGAGCCAGGGAGAACUCUGUUUAUAACACUGAGAGCUUGUAAUGAUGCCUACCUCUGUAGUAAUAAAUCCCUGGGAACAGUUACAAUGAUGGAUGAUAAAGCUGUAAUGAAGACCUCAGUGGGAGGUGAACCUCUGGAGGUGGAGUAUGAUAUGUCAGGGAACAGGAGGAAGAGGAGGAGUGUAGGGGAUACACUUUUUAUAAAUACACCUGAUGGACUUGCCUCAGGACAGAGUAUAUUAAUGGAACCAUUAGAUAGCACAGAUUUAACCACUGUUUAUGAUUCAGUAUCUUCUACAGAGUUCCAACCCUAUAUAGUAAAUCCUGAUACUACCAUGGAAUCAGUAGACAGACUUCUUUAUAGAAGAUUAUCAACAAGUAUAUUUUCCUUUACUCUGGUACCUAUUGGACAUUUACCUAUGCCAGGACCAGUCAACAUAACUUAUUUUGAUACCACUUCUGACCGAGAUCAAAGGAUCAUGUUGACACACUGGAAUCCAGUAGAUAAACAAUGGGAGCUGACCAGUAAGACUUGUGGUGACCUUAAUGAUACAGAGACAAUAAACCCUGAUGGAAGUACUACUACAUUGGUUUGUAGUACCUGGAAGUCCAAAGAAGAAAAUUCCACAAUAAGUCGUAAGAAAAGAUCUACAUCACAGCCUGAGUAUUUGUCACGAGAGACACAGUUCUCUCUAUCUGUAGUGUCCACUACUAUAAUCAAUACACCACCAAGAUUGGUCAGUCCAGAGAAUGUAACUAUGGAGGAAGAUUCAGUGUCCACUACUAUAAUCAAUACACCACCAAGAUUGGUCAGUCCAGAGAAUGUAACUAUGGAGGAAGAUUCAGGUACCCUUCAGUAUUUACUAGAGGCAACAGAUGAUGAAGAUGAUACCAUAUUGUUUUAUUUAGAAGAUUCUACGUACUCCAUGGGUACUCCUAGUCUCACUACUGAUGGAAUGCUUUUGUAUACCCCAUGUACAGAUUGUGCUGGAUCAGAAUACAUACACAUACUUCUAACAGAACAUCAGACAGAUAUUCCAGUAGCCAGUUCUAAUGUCACAAUAACUAUCUAUGUCAUCUGUUUUCAGGCUUUUGUAUACUCCAUGCUUUUGUAUACUCCAUGUACAGAUUGUGCUGGAACAGAAUACAUACACAUACUUCUAACAGAACAUCAGACAGAUAUUCCAGUAGCCAGUUCUAAUGUCACAAUAACAGUAGAUGUCAUCAGUCAGAAUGAUAAGCCUGUUGUUUUCCUUACUCAGUAUGGUAGCUCUAUAUUGUUGGAGGAUAGUAGUGAACCAGUUGUGGUAUACCUAGAACAGAAAACCAAUUACACAGAACACAUCUGGUCUGACCAGUUCAAGGCUGUGUUUGGAGCAUAUGAUAUUGAUGUACAAGACAAUUUAACUUUGAUGGUAUCACAACUUGAUCAUGGAAAUAUUACAGUUUCCCAACAACAGUUGAUCCCUCCUGGUAUAGGACCAUGCCCUCAUGAUCCAUUGAUUGAUAGUUUACCUUGUGGGAAUUUCAGUCAAACAUUACCCUACAAUGUAACAGAUAUGUCAUGGAUCUAUAUCACAGUGACCUAUAUUCAACCUGACAAUUACUAUGGUUAUGACUAUAUAAAGCUGUAUGUGACGGAUGAUAGGAACAGCUCAUCUGAAGUGGUUACCAUACAGGUUGCUAUAAUGGAAUCACCUUGUCAAAACAAAGGGGAAUGUAAAGCAAAGAACGCCAGUAACUACCCUUGUGAAGAUACUCACAGAGCUGAGAGUUUUGAUCUCUAUUAUGACUGUGAAUGUCCACCAGAGUUUACCGGACUACAUUGUGAAGAGGAUGUGGAUGAAUGCUUAAGCAAACCUUGUCCAGAUUCUUACACCUGCACUAACAAGUAUGGUGGAUAUGAUUGUUCUUGUCCUGACUGUGGAUUGGCUACAUGGGUUAAAGCUGUGAUUGGUCUUUCUGUUGGGAUUAUUAUUAUAAUUUCUAUCAUAGUGAUUGUAUGCUGCAGAAUAAAAUUUAGGCCCAAACCUCCAGAUAAAUGGGUCGAGCGUACCGGGAUUAUUAAUGAAACAGAUGAUGUUAGAGAAGAAUUUAUGAAGAAAACCUCUGUUGAAGAUGAUUUGGAUUUUUAUAAUGAUGGACAGGUACCAGUUGAACAGAAUCCACCUGCAAACUUCCAUAAUAUUCUCACCAACAAACAAAGGUCAUAUCAUAGUGGUCCAUCAAACAGUAGAAGGGAUAUCUGUCAUGAACAUGAGGAUGAUGAGGAAGAGGGUGGAUUUCAACAUCCUCAACCUAGUGGUGUUGUCAAAAUACUACUUGCAUCUGAUAGGGAAAAGUUACUCCAGAAGCAUGGUGUGCCUCAUGUGGAAACUACAGGAAACGGGGACCAUCCAGCCCCUGGAUCACAUCAAAUGAUGUCCUUUACAAAUGAAGCAAUGGAAUUAGAUCAGCUGUCCUUCCACCCAACUCGAGGAUUUCUCCGUCAAAGCUCCAUUAAUAAUCCAAGUUGGUUAUCUUUUCCAGUCAAGAAAGAUACCACUUCCAAACCCAGGUUAGAAAUGAAACCCUAUGAUGGUACAUUUGAUGAUAGUUUGUCUGAUCUAGCUAGGACUUCAUUGAAAGAUUUUAAGUGUACAACAGAUAAACAGGAUGUAACAUGUUGGUCAAGGGAAUCAUCAACUUUGUCACUACAUGAUACAGCAAAGGAAGAUCUAAAUGAACCCAAGAAAAUGAAAAAGAAGAAAAGGAGGCAUUCUAAAAAGAUUAAAAAGUCACCUUUCAACAGUUCUGGUAAUAGUGAUGGUAAUGGUAAAUUGGUUAGAAUGACAGAAUUUGGUUGUAAAGACAAAGAUGUGAUGAAUUUGCAUAGCCAACCAGUAGGUGAUCUCCUACCUGUAUUAAAACCUAUCCCACAAAUAACAGCUGGAUCUUCUAUGGCAAAUCAACAUGAUAACUGGGGCUUUGAACCUGAACCAAAUGACCAGGACAAAGUCAGGAAGCAAUGGGAAGGAGAGUCCAUGGGAAAGUCUUUUUCAGGUUUUAAGUCUAUGCCAAACAGAAUGAAACAAACUAGCAGUACAGAAGAGAAUGUUGAAUGUGAACUGAUGGACCUGCCACAGACUAGCUAUAAUGAAGACUAUGGAAAGGAACAUGUGAUGAUCAUGUCUAGAGAGUCGACCUUGGAUCAGGGUAUACCACCACCAGGCUGGGCUGAGUCUGAUAUAGAGGCCAUAGACAUAGAUCAGACAGAGCUAUUUAGUCGCACAAGACUAAAGUCUGCAAUGAGACGAAACAAAAACACAGGCAACCAAUCUAUAGCCCUGGAUGAUGUCAGUGAUGAAGAGAAAUAUACUGAUAACUGAAUGGCAAUUUGAACUUUUGAUAGAACUUAUUUUUUGACUUUUUUAUACUUUAUACUUUAUACUUUUUUAUCAAUUAACUUAGCUAAUAUUUAUUUAUGUAUACUUUCCGUCUGUUACUUUUUUUAUAUAUUCUGCCUUACUUCUUAUUGCCAUCACAAUUAUAUUGAAUUUAUGUCUGAUUGUAAAAUGUAAAAACUUGUCUUGUUUAGUGGUCAACACUGAUAGAAGAUCAGUAAAAAUUAGUUUGUUGACCAACUUUCACUUUACUUAUCUUUAUGAAAUUUCUCUAAGGAAUUAUAAGUAUUAGACAGGCCAUUAGAGCAUAUGUUUGAUCCCUGAAAUUGUCAAAAAUGUAAAUUCAUUCAAACCUUUUAAAUUUAUGGUAAUUUUAUAAAUUUAUGAACAGGUCAAUAUAAUCUAGACUCUUUAAUAAAGAAAGGUCUCUUGUGAUGACACAUCUUGAUCCAAUGAUGUGUAUAGUUCUGUAUAGACCAUACGGUGACCUAUAGUUGUUAAUGUUUGUGUCAUUUUGGUCUUUUGUGGAUAGUCAUUGGCAAUCAUUCCACAUCUUCUUUUUUAUAUAUGGCUAUUGGACCGAAUUUUGUAAAUUGCAACUUGUAGCAAAGGUUUUGGGUAUUUAUUUUUUUUAAACGCACUGGAAUCUUUGUUUAUAUUGAUCAAUCAAAAUCUGAUUUCUUUAUAUUGUAACAAAGCUAGUUUUCCAGAAUGAUACAUUUUAUUUUAAGAAUUCAUCAUUUCCCAUACUCUUUAAACCUUUAAGUGGAAAAUCUUUUAAAAAAAAUGAAACUGUGUAGGAAUUAAAUCAUCAAUUUUUAUUCAAAAUGGUGUAGCUUUGAAACAACCAUAAAAUCAGUUUAUAUAUAAUUUUCAGUUCUGUUAGCUCUAAAUUCUAAAUAGUUAAGGUCUGGUCUGAAUAGAUAGGAAAAGAAAAACCUACGGAUGAAUCUCUUUAUUUUUUCACUGAAAAGUAUAGGUAUUUAAAAAUGAAAGAUUGCUUUUUGUACAAUUUACAUACAUUGUCAGAAAGACCAAUGCUUUUAUACUGGGAAGACAAUUAUUGAAUGUGGUCCUUCAAUUGUUUCUUAUUCUUAUAUAAUGCUACAUUAAAUUAAACUUGAUCGC